CGAUUCUACGCAGAGAAACACCCACCCUGUUACGCCGCAGUAAAUCCUUCAAUGACUGACACAAGCGAGAGUGCCCUUGCUUCUGUCUCCGCAGGUGCGUUAACAGCAAAUUCAGGACAGCGGUCUCGGAACCAAGCAGCUUGCGAUGUCUGCAGAGCAAGGAAAAUCCGGUGCACGUAUGAUGCUAACUGUCAUCGAUGCCGAGGCUGCGAGUUUCUAAAUGUCAAUUGUACCCAUGAACGUCCAAGAAGGAAGCGCGGACCUCCAAAUAAACAUGCACAAAAAGCUCCAAGGGAGGUUAUAGGGUCACCGGGAAUCCAUUUUCCAAACAACGUUACCAUCUCACCAAGCGAAAGCAAUAAUGGCUGCCAAUCAAUAACACCACUUCAAAGUCCCGAGGCUGUUGGCUAUAUGAACCGUUCCGCGACUUGCAUUUGCUCAGGACUCAGCAGCAAGUGGCUUUCCGCGUUUGCCCCGGAGCCGAUCAUUAUGCGUCUGCUAGAGGACUGGUUCAAUGUGAUCCACCCUCUAGCUCCGAUCUUACUCCGUCGCCAAUUCCUCCAGCGCCUUCAACAAGGGGUAGCUGACGUUGACGCCGAGUUCUGUGGGCUUGUCAUCAGCGUAUGUGCAGCCACCAAAGCGACACUGCCGCGGGGUGACUAUGGACCAGUGACUGUAGAUUAUUGCGUUGACUUCCUUGAUGCUCACGGACUACUCAAGAGUCAAUUUACCCGAGACUCUUUUAGCAUGGACAGGUGCAUCGCCUUGUACAAUAUCGGUACAGCGAUGAGCGCCACCACAAAAUCGGGGUUGAGCAGCAUGCGCGCCUAUCACGCUUUGAGCGAGGCAGCUGCAGGGGCCAGGUACUUGGCAUAUUAUUGGAUACACGAGCACGAUGAGGCUGAACAGCAGCUCUUGAGAAGACUCAUCUGGCUAUUAUUUGCUAGUGCGUGUAGUGCGGAUAUUUUCGGAAGACUACCCAUCAGUCUAUUGAGCCAAGAUCGCAUCGAGACCUUUCCAAGGCCGCUCCCUCUUUCAGAUAAUCAGAUGGGACCAAAAGCUCCAAACAGCUGUCACGAGCCACCUUGGCACGGAGAUGACACCACUUAUGUUCCAGGACUAAACUCGUUAAGCGACUUGUUUCUCAUCUGGCAAGAGGUGCAGCAAGUUCCCGAGGGUACGAAACCACAAAUUACUAUCACGAGAUAUCUUGCAAAGAUUCAACAGGUUCUGGAUAAUCUCCCGCCCGAGCUGCGAUGGCGUGGUGGUUUGUCCCGCCCCACCAACGUCACAGAAGGACAUGACGUUCAAAUCGCCAAUUUAUUUGUGACAAGCCUCAACAUUCGCUCCAACAUUCUUCAGAAAUUCGGUCCCACAGACAAAAGCGCAGAAGAUCACCAGAAAAUUGUAGACGACCUAUUAGAGAUCCUGUACCACCUUCCCCGCGCUGUCUUUGAUGCCAACGGCAGCAGCCUCGUCCCCAAGAUUCGGGACAUUGGAGCAGCCUACCUCGAACAGUUGGGGAGCGGCUUGGGGCAAGUGGAGAUAGGAGAUGCGAGAAUUAAACUUGAGCGAUUACUUCGGAAGCUGGAUGAUCUAGACUGUUGGCAAGGAAUUGGUGUGCUUGAUACUCCGCCUUUGAGGGUAGAUAUGUGACCUCAAUACCAACACC